UGUCCCCCGGCCCCGUUCACAAUGCAGCCUGCUUCUGCAAAGUGGUGUGAUCGAAGGGACUGUGUCUUCACUGAAUUUUGUGUUGAAGACAAUAAGGAUGUUAAUUUAAAUUUUGAAAAAUCCAAACUUAUAUUCAGUUGUCUUGGAGGAAGUGAUAAUUUUAAGCAUUUAAAUGAAACUGAUCUUUUUUACUCUAUUGAUCUAAAUGAUUCCAUGCAUAAAAGAACGGACGGAUCAAUUUUAUGUCGUUUACGAAAAGGAGAAUCUGGCCAGUCAUGGCCAAGGUUAACAAAAGAUAGGGCAAAGCUUAAUUGGCUUAGGAUGAUGAACAACAUGGGUGGUGAUGAGGAUGUAGAUUUACCAGAAGUAGAUGAAGCAGAUGAUGAUUCACAAGACGGUGACAAUGAAAAAGUGCCAGAUCUGGAGUGGAGUAAGAAAUAUUAUCAUCACCUGGAUUUUGAGAAAGAACAUAACUUCUCUGCAAGAUUUCAUAACUGAGAGAAUUCCUGAGUUGAUAGCCCUAAAGGCAGAUGCUGUAUUUGCCUACUUUAACCCAUCUUUCAACCUGUUUGUUUUUAAAAGGCUUCACUAAGGGUUGAUAUGUACCAUUGUAUGGGGCAAUUUUAAGUCAGCUAAGGCAAUAACCUUAUGCAUGAACAUUUCCCAGACUUUCAUGAAGCUGUUGAGGUCCUAGGCAACUGAUACACCAGUUGUGAUAAAUAAAAACAUCACACCUAAGUCUCCUUUUCUUCAUAACAUAGAUACUGACAUGAUAGGAAGCUCUCGGCUUAGGUAAAGGGAACAAAAUUUUAG